AUGGAUCGGCUGCUGCUCCUCGUGCAGGCGGCACUCCUGGCUUAUUUCACCGGGGCCAGCUUGUGUCUGGCCGAUCCAGACAGCCCUUCUGCUCCCGUCAACGUCACCGUCAAGCUCCUGAAGGCCAACUCCGCGGUGGUAACUUGGGAUGUCCUCGAAGAGGAAGUGGUCAUAGGAUUCGCCAUUUCCCAGCAGAAGAAGGAUGUGCGGAUGCUGCGCUUCAUCCAGGAGGUGAACACCACCACCCGCUCGUGCUCCCUCUGGGACCUGGAGGAAGACACGGAGUACAUCGUCCACGUGCAGUCCAUCAGCAUCCAAGGGCAGAGUCCGGCCAGUGAGCCCGUGCACUUCAAGACCCCCCGGGAGGCUGAGAAACUGACCUCCAAGAACAAAGAUGAGGUGACAAUGAAGGAGAUGGGGGAGAAAAAUCAGCAGCUGCGAGCCGGAGAGAUCCUCAUCAUCGUGGUGGUGCUGUUCAUGUGGGCAGGGGUGAUCGCCCUCUUCUGCAGACAGUACGAUAUCAUAAAGGACAAUGAGCCAAACAACAAUAAGGAGAAAGCCAAGAGUACAUCUGAAAACAGCACCCCGGAGCACCAGAGUGGAGGGCUCCUGCGCAGCAAGUUUCCCAAAAACAAGCCUUCAGUGAACAUCAUUGAAGCAUGACAGCCUGGUGGAUGGACUCCAUUUCUCCUUCCUGCGCUCACUUUCGGUUUCCCCCUCCAAGACUGGGCAACUGAAGAGGUGAAACAUUGCAGGAGCUGUUUGGAAAGCGUCCUGCUUGGGCUGCAGAUUGCAGGUUCCAGUGGCUCCAUUUCUGCCCUGGAGAAAAAGAAGCCCCUGAACCCAAACCAACGUGGAUCAAAAGAAGGACAAAUAUAUAUUGCAGCUGCAUAUCGAGAAUGGAACAUUUCCACCAAAAUCAUCCCGAUGAUGACUUGGGGCCCAUCUUGACUUCUUGAACUGUGCUGUGCUGUACUCAAACAUCUGGCCAUUCGUUGAUGGAGCUAGCAGGGGUGCCAUCUUGCACCUUGACUGUCUCUUGCCAUCUCGUCCUACAAUCUUAAUCUCCACAAAAACGUUUCAUUUCAUUGCUGGUUUGCUUUCUGCUCACUGCAGCUCAGUUUUUCAGUAGGAGAUGCUGUCCUGGUUUCCAGAUGCCAACUGGCUGCAUCUCUCCUCUUCAUGAGAACCCCGAGAACACCACUUUCCUUCAACCACAAGCCAAACAAGGACUUUAGCUCUCAGUUCCAGGCUCUCAGUCUUGCUGUUUGUGUGUCAAACACAAACAAUUUGCGGGGAUUUGAUCUUUUUUCUUUAAAAAACAGAAGCACAUAAGCUAUUCCACCUGGGUUCUCUGGACUCCACUAGCUGCUUAUUAUAGGUUAUUUUGAGUUGUUGAGUUUCCUGUUUUCCUCCCUAGUUUGGCGUGUUGUGCAUUGUUUUACCUAACAGAGAAUGCAAAAAAAGAAGAAAAUCCCUCCAGCUCUACAGAACAGCAAAGUCCAACUUUACUCAUAGCCACAAAGCAAAGCAUCUACAGCAUUCCCAGGGGCUGGGAGGGCUGCUCAGUGCCCUGCCUACACCACAGAUCUAGGUCAGUUUUAUCCCACUUCCACUUCCUUGGCUUCUUCUGGAGAAUCCUGGAAAUUUUAGUUUGGGGAGGUGCAGAAAACGAGAGCUUUUCUUCAGGAGGCACUGAUCACGUGCUCGUCCUUCCCUGCUCACAGCUGUUUCCAGGUUCUGUAGAUAACAUUGGGAGCCUCCAGUUUCAUUUUUGUGUCCACUGAGCACUUUUGGUGAGUUUUUUGCAAUAGGAAGAAUGCUGCAUUUAAUUAUGAAAAUAGGAAAGAAAGAGCUUUUUCACUUGCUCAUUGCCAUUAUUUCGCUAUACAAAAGUGCCACCUAGAAGUUACACAGCAGAAAAGCCAGAAGGAAAAUGCUUGAAGUGGUCCUCAGGGGGCGGUUCCGUGGUGAACCCAAAGGAGAUCUGUUGCAUUCACAGGCAGAAGACGAGCCCCACUGGGUCAGGCCAGGGGCGCCUCUCCAGCGCUCCUCCUCCCCCCAUUGGCCAAGUGGAUGCUCCUGGGAAGCUUGCAGGCCGCCCUCGUUUGUCCCUGGCCGGUCGCCCUCUGAGCAGCAGCCGUCGUUGGGUCAACGCCCGAUGACCGCCUGCAGUCCCUUUUUAGGCCCUCUAGGCUGGGGGCCAUCAUGAAGUCUUGUGGCUCUGUCCAGCCAAAGGGCCCAUUUAGCGAAGAAGCCUUUCUCCUUGACAGCCUGGAGUGUACUGCCGCUUUUUGGAGGACCCUCCAUCCUUCUGUGCCAAGAGUGGCACGCCAAGCCCCUUCCUCACAGAGCCACCGCCCGUGUUCCCCGUACGGCAUCGUUUCUUCCUGGCAUUUCGAGUCAGCAAAGAGGUCCGAUGUCGCCGCCCCAGCAGCUUGAUCCAUCUGCAAACCACACCAUGGCCCCAGCUUAAUCCUGGCCAUCCUGCGGUCCCCCAAAGUGAGCUGUGGUUACUCUGCAGCGGCUUGCACCAAGAGGUGGGCCGUUUGCUGUGGACCGCAUGUGAAUGCGGAAGAGACCUGUGGAGGCCAAAGCCCCAGAACAGAGCUGAAAUUGUUUUGUGCAGAAAGACUUUCAAGUAAAAUCUCACUCAACUUUGCUGCAAAAGUUCAAGCAAAUUGAAUGGGUCCUGUGGGAUAUAGAAUAGCGUGUUACUGGGGAGGGUGUAAAAUUCAAAAUCUGUCAUUACUUAAUGUCACUGCCUUAACGUGUCUUUCCAGCGAGUCUUAUUAUGUUUUUUUAAUCCCUUAAAAUUGACUUCUACAAAAUCAAAA